AUGGCGUCGCUUGUCGUCAGUCUUUUGUCCAGCUCGCCUUCCCCUUCCAACGGCGGCAUCCCCCUGACCACGCGCGAAGCCUUCUCUGGCAUCUUCGGCUCGAUUUCUUUGGCCUGCUGGAUUUUCUUGUUGGUGCCGCAGCUGAUUGAAAACUACCGCAAUGGUUCCGCUGAGGCCAUCUCCCUCGCCUUCAUUUUUGUGUGGUUCUUGGGGGAUAUUGCGAACCUCGCGGGCGCGCUGUGGGCAGGGCUCGUGCCUGUGGUGGUGGCCAUCGGGGUCUAUUUCUGUAUUGCGGAUGGAGUGUUGAUCGGGCAGUGUCUGUAUUAUGGGAUUGUGAACAAGAGGAGGGAAGGCAAGCGCUUGCUCGAUGUGCGCGCGUCCGGGUCUACGGCCAGCGAUGGGGGUGAGAGAGCCGAUGGCGAGAGAAGCGCACCCGACGGAGAGCGGUCGAGGGAAGGGAGCUCGGAAGAGGAACCCCUCCUCAAGCGCACCCGCACAAACAGCAUGACAAUACCGGGAUCUAUGGACAGGCGACGAAGCAGUGUCCGCCGACGGAGCAGCUUGGCCGCCCACCCGCAGGACUCGCUAUCCAAGAUUCUGGAGGAGAGCGACGACUCCGGCACGAGGCUCUGGUUCAGAAAUGCAAUGAGCGUGCUGGCGAUUGGCGUUGUGGGGGCUGCUGGGUGGGCGUUGGCCUACGAGUCCGGCGCAUGGAAGCCAUCCCCUACGUCUGGAGGUGGUGACGAGGAGGAACCGAUGGCGGCGGGCGCACAGGUGCUGGGGUAUCUCAGCGCCGUGGCGUACUUGGGCGCUCGGAUACCGCAGAUUAUCAAGAAUGCGAGGGAUCGGAGUUGUGAAGGCCUCUCGCUCCUGUUCUUCAUCCUCUCCCUAAUGGGCAACCUUACCUACGGCGCAGGCAUCCUCUGCCACUCGACGGAACACAGCUAUGUCGUCAAGAAUCUGCCCUGGUUGAUUGGCAGUCUGGGCACCAUGGUCGAAGACAUCACCAUCUUUAUCCAGUUCCACGUAUAUAAGGUGAAAAAGGAGGAGGAUCAUUCGGAUUCACCAGAACAUGCGGUGAUUUGA